AACCACCCAUGGACAGCCGCAGUCGCAGCAGCAACAGCCCUUUUACAUCUUCGGGCGAUCACCUGCUCAGCAACAACAACAGCAACAGCAACAGCAACAGCAACAUCAGCAACAACAGCAACAGCAGUAACAGCAGCAACAUCCACAGCAACUUCAACAGCAACAGCAACAACUUCAACAACAGGGGAUU